AUGUCUAACGCGCUCAAUAUAGGCGAAAUCGCAGACAUCUUAACUUCCAUUUAUCUGUCGGCAGUAAUAUUCGCUGCCAUUGUCUACGAGAAAUGUCUUACCUCGGGCAGAGUUUUGGAGCAAAUGUUUUCGAGCCGACGCACAUCGGUGAUUCUUCUACUGUUGAAUGAGCUGAACUUCGUUGCAAUGGCCAUCACCAACGCUCUGAGUGUUUAUCUCGUGGACACUCGUCAAAAGUACCAUCUUGAUCUUGUUAUAAACAUCGUUGGAUUCGGUGUCACUGCUGCUGUUGCCACACUUCGAGUGUUUGCUCUGACUGGGAAGAAUUGGUGGAUCUCUGGAUUAACCCUUGUCCUUGCCUUGGUACCUGUAGCCACCAACCUGUUUCAAGACACAGUGUCGUCGAUUGGCAGCAGUUAUGUGCUAUGGGUUCCUGCCUGCCAAAUGUCCGUGACGAUGUCGGAAGCGAUGGCUAAUAGAUGUACGCCGUUUGGUUUUGCCACCGCAACUCGAAUAUGCGCCAUCGGAAGCGACGCCCUCGUCGUCGCGUCGGCAUGGUAUUAUCUGUACCAUGCCGAUAAAGCCAACUCGAAGAUGCUGUUGAGCAGAAGCAUCAUCUCGUAUCUCAUUUUGAGAGAUGGCACUAUAUACUUCAUGUACGUGGAAACACCUCGAAAUGGUAGUUCGGAUGAAAUUGACGGCGGAAAUUAUAGUGUCUUCCUCGUCCUGAACGUCAUCAACAUUGUCGUGUAUUGGCAAAACGGCUGGGAGGUCGGAAGUGUACCAAUCUUUGUCCUUCCGAUAUCUGCAAUACUCACCACUCGUCUUUUGCUUCACUUGCGUGAAGCAUGCUCUGCCGAUGUCUUUUUCGGGUCUUGCGUACCGUCCUUCGUCCACGUCCAGGAUGCCAAGCAGGAACAGUCGGAACAGCGGACACUGGAGUUUGCCGCUGUGGCGCCUUCUAUCCAGUUGAGCACAAGCAGUGAUAUUGAAAUGACUCGAGGAGACAGCAGAGACCUGCAUGAUCCUGAAGAGAUCUCAUAG